AUGCAGACUGUUUCUACAAACAUUUGUGUAAGAAUGGGUCGCUUUCAGGAGUUCAGUGAAUUCAAGCGUGGUACCGUGAUAGGUUGCCACCUGUGCAAUAAGUCCAUUCAUGACAUUUCCUUGCUACUAAAUAUUCCACACUCAACUGUUAGUGGUUUUAUAACAAAAUGGAAGCAACUGAGAACAACAGCAACUCAGCCACCAAGUGAGCGGGGUCAGCACAAGCUGAAGCGCACAGUGUGCAGGAGUUGCCAACUGUCUACAGAUUCAAUAGCUAAAGACCUCCAAACUUCUUGUGGCAUUCAGAUUAGCACAACCGUGCGUAGAGAGCUUCAUCUGAUGGGUUUUCAUGGCUGA